AUGGAUGGAAGAGAGGGAAUGGCAUUACCGGGCUCCUCUUCAUAUUUCCUCAAUAGAGGUGGAAUAGGGGGGUCUGGGGGUUCAGCACCUGGUUCUAAUGCUGCCGGUGGAGUGUCCAGUUCUUUACCGGCUGGCCUUGCGAUGCAUACCUCUCCCGGAUUCAAUCCUGUUUCAAAUCCCAACAUUCAACUGCAAUCCAAUGUAGGUGCUAGUGGUGGUGCUACAAGUGGUUCAACUUUCCAUGUUGAGAACCAGUCUCCCAAUUACCACCGUAGCAUUACCAAGGGUGAUUUCUCUAGCGUGUCAACUAGUGGUGAUUCAGUGAAGAAGAAGAGAGGUAGGCCUAGGAAAUACGGUCCUGAUGGGGCUAACAUGACACUAGCAUUGUCCCCAAUGUCUGCGGCCACACCUUCCACAGGAGGGAUCACCUCGAGUGAGAAAAAAAGAGGGCGGCCACCCGGGAGUGGACGGAAGCAGCAGCUGGCACCUCUGGGUGAAUGGAUGAACAACUCAGCUGGACUAGCUUUUACACCGCAUGUCUUGCACAUUGGAGUUGGAGAGGAUGUUGCAGCCAAAAUAUUGGCAUUCGCACAGCAAAGGCCAAGGGCUUUAUGCAUCUUGUCGGCUAAUGGAUCUGUUUCUUCGUUGACACUGCGACAACCUACCACUUCUGGUGGCACUGUCACAUAUGAGGGCCGAUUUGAGAUAUUAUGUUUGUCGGGUUCUUAUUUGCUUGCUGAAAGUGGUGGUCCUCGCAAUCGGACUGGUGGUAUAAGUAUUUCGGUUUGUAGCCCUGAUGGACAUAUCAUUGGUGGUGCUAUUAGCGGUAACCUCGUUGCCGCAAGUUCAGUGCAGGUGGUUGCAUGUAGCUUCGUAUAUGGUGGUUCAAAGGCAAAGAACAAAACUGAGUCCGGACCUAAAGAUGAAAAGAAUCCUGCAGACGAGUCUGCUGAGAAGUCAUUAACCCCAGUUAGUGCUACCCCACGUCAAAAUCUCACUCCAAAUUCUGCGACUGGUGUUUGGUCACAAGAUUCACGUCUUGAUAUGAAAAAUUCAACUAGGUUCUUAGGUAGCAAUGGUAAGAGGGUUGUUGGAACUGAUAGGAACUAUUAA